AAAAGCAAAAGAAAUUGAGUUGUGAGUUGUGAGGUGUCGAUGGAAACCAAGUACAAUCCAACUCACCAUCAACCCUCUCUACUCUCUCUCUAGAAAUCAUCGUCUAACUCCACAUCCCCCUCAGUUUCUCCGCCCCUCUACUCUCUCUACUCACAUCUAUUCACCCAUUAUAUAUAUAUUUAAACACUUUCACACAUUACCCAUUUUCCUGUGAUAUCAAGCUUCACAAUCUUGGCACUCAGCUCUUCAUUGGAAUCAACCAAAUGGCUUCGAUUUUCCAAGGAAUCGGAGCAGCCACUGCUAUUUCAUCAUCCACUUCAUUUGAUUCCAAGAAAUUAAUCUUUUCUGCGCCAAGAUUUCACUUGGAGAAAAAAGGGAGCUUUUUGGUGGUGAGAUCUGAUGGGAAGAUGAGUAAUGGGAUUAGUGGAAGAGCUGAAAAAUUAGUGACCAAUGCUGUUGCAGCAAAGGCUGAUGCACCAGCAGCAUCGACAACUUCGAAAUCUGGGCAUGAGCUUUUGCUAUUUGAAGCCCUUCGUGAAGGUCUCGAGGAAGAGAUGGACAGAGAUCCUCGUGUUUGUGUGAUGGGAGAAGAUGUCGGUCACUAUGGAGGUUCAUACAAGGUGACCAAAGGUCUUGCUCCAAAGUUUGGUGAUCUCAGGGUACUUGAUACCCCGAUUGCUGAGAACUCUUUUACUGGUAUGGGGAUUGGAGCAGCCAUGACUGGGCUCAGGCCAGUUAUCGAGGGAAUGAAUAUGGGUUUUCUCCUACUUGCCUUCAAUCAAAUAUCUAACAACUGUGGCAUGCUUCACUACACAUCUGGUGGACAAUUCACCAUUCCAGUGGUCAUCCGAGGGCCUGGUGGGGUCGGCCGGCAGCUUGGGGCUGAGCAUUCACAACGUCUCGAGUCAUAUUUCCAGUCUAUUCCAGGAAUUCAAAUGGUAGCAUGCUCAACACCAUAUAAUGCCAAGGGGUUGAUGAAAGCUGCUAUCAGAAGCGAGAACCCUGUCAUACUGUUUGAACAUGUUCUGCUCUAUAACCUCAAGGAAAAGAUUCCUGAUGAGGAGUAUAUUUGUAAUCUUGAGGAAGCUGAAAUGGUUAGACCUGGGGAGCAUGUAACAAUUCUAACAUAUUCCAGAAUGAGGUAUCACGUGAUGCAAGCUGCCAAGACUCUAGUGAACAAGGGGUACGAUCCUGAAGUUAUUGACAUCAGGUCACUAAAACCAUUUGAUCUCCACACUAUUGGUAACUCUGUGAAGAAAACUCAUCGUGUGCUGAUUGUGGAGGAGUGCAUGCGGACUGGUGGUAUUGGUGCCAGUUUGACUGCUGCUAUAAAUGAGAAUUUUCAGGACUAUCUGGACGCACCAAUUGUAUGUUUGUCAUCGCAAGAUGUUCCAACUCCUUAUGCUGGAACUUUAGAGGAAUACACUAUAGUGCAGCCUGCACAGAUUGUGACCGCCGUAGAGCAGCUAUGUCAAUAAGCAGCACAAACAAGUCAUGUCAGUCCCCGUUCCCGUUCUUUAUAAUAUUUAAAAGUGCCCAGGGUCGUAGUUUACUGUUACAUUUGGACUUGUUUUAAUUUCACAUAUUUUCAGGUUUGUAGUUGUUUUAUUGUGUCGAGAAGUUUUCCUUUGUUUUGUUACCCUUUGUGCUGUUCAAAGGAUUUAUUUAUGCCUAAUUAUGUUUUCUAGCA